AUGUCGAGAUGCACUGCGGCGAUGGGAAAGCUCAUACGUUCACCCGUGGGGAUCUCAACAAUAAACCCAACACCGAACUUCAUAUCGCACAGCACGAAAGCUGCUCCAUCGACGGCAUCGCAGCCGUCUUCCUCUUCUCCGUCCUUGCAACAAAUGGACGACCUUCUUCUCGUCGCCUUUCUAACGAAAACCCUAUCGGAAUCGGGCACUCGAAAUCUCGACCCGGACACCAUUCCUCUGUCGCAGCAGCUGGUCAUACAGAUCCUAAGGAGGGGCUCCCUAGAUGCCUCGAGAAAGACUGAUUUUUUCAAGUGGUGUUCUCUCAUGCAUAACUACAAACACUCGGCAGGCACUUACUCCCACAUGUUCAGGGAGCUCUGCCGCGCCGAGUACCUGGAGGAGGUCCCCGGCCUGCUGGAACAGAUGAAAGCCGACGGAGUUGUAGCGGCACCGCAGACCUUCAAAAUGUUGCUUGACGCCGUCAUUCGAUUGGGCAAAUUGGAUUGCGCGCUCCAGAUCCUCCAUUUCAUGGAAGGACUGCAAGAAGCCAAUCUCACCCCACUAGUCUACGACACUUUACUCAUUGCACUUGCCAAGAAAAACCAGCUGGGUUUGGCCUUGCCCAUUUUAUUCAAGCUGCUAGAUGCUCCUCAUCCGCCGUCUCCCGGUUCCACUGCCUGCAAUGCUUUGCUGGUUGCUCUUAGAAAGGCCGACAAUAGAGCAGAUUUCAGAAAGGUAUUCGACAGGCUAAGGGGAACGAAAGGGUUCCAACUUGACACAUGGGGUUACAACAUCUGCAUUCAUGCUUUUGGCCGAUGGGGCGAUUUGCCAACUUCCUUGACUCUCUUCAGGGAAAUGCAGGAAAAGGAUUCUGCUUCUGGCCCUGAUUUGUGCACUUACAACAGCCUGCUUCAGUCAUUGUGCUUGGCUGGCAAAGUCAAGGAUGCAUUGAUUGCCUAUGAGGAGCUGAAGGAAUCCGGACAUCGUCCAGACGCCUUCACUUAUCGGAUACUUAUCCAAGGCUGCACAAAAUCCCACCAGAUAAACGAGGCAGCAAGGAUCUUUACCGAAAUGCAGUACGACGGUUUUGUACCUGAUGCUCUUGUUUACCACUCUCUUUUAAACGGGAUGUUCAAGGCAAACAGAAUUUCAGAAGCCUGCCAGCUGUUUGAGAGAAUGGUCGACGAUGGUGUGAGAGCCUCGAGCUGGACAUACAACAUCUUGAUACACGGCUUGAUCAAGAACGGAAGAGCCGAGGCUGGCUACUCAUUGUUCUGUGACUUGAAGAAGAAGGGGCAGUUGGUGGAUGGUGUUACUUACAGCAUUGUCAUCUUGCAGCUUGUCAAAGAAGGUGAAUUGGAAGAAGCUCUCAAGCUGGUGGAAGAGAUGGACAAUGACAGAGGCUUUGUUGUUGAUCUGGUUACCAUAACCACAUUGCUGAUUGGGUUCCACAGACAUGGCAGGCAGGAUUGGACGGAGAGACUGAUGAAGCAUGUGAGAGAUGGGGAUGUAGUACUGAGCGUGAUCAGGUGGAAGGAAGAGAUGGAGGCUGCACUGAAGAAUAAUAGGCUGAAGAGCAGAAGAAAAGAUUACACACCAUUGUUCCCUCAUAAAUGCGGGAUCGAGGAAAUCUUGAGCUCUGUAACUUCUUCCACUGUGAAACCUCAUUCAAGUGAUGAGGAGGAGGAGAAUUUUGAUCAGUGGUCGACAUCUCCACAUAUGGAUCACUUGGCCAAUCAAGUGAAAUCAGGUAGCGAUUCUCACCAGCUCUUUUCUCUGGCUAGAGGAAAGAGAGUCCAGACUUCCGAAAAAGAUGCAGGAAGCUCUUUCGACAUUGGAAUGGUUAACACCUUCAUGUCGAUCUUCCUAGCUAAAGGGCAGCUGAGCCUGGCCUGUAAGCUGUUUGAGGUAUUCACCGACAUGGGUGUGAACCCUGUGAGUUACACAUACAAUGCUCUGAUGAGUUCCUUUGUGAAGAAGGGAUACUUCGAAGAGGCGUGGAAUGUCCUGAACGAGAUGGGGGAGAAGCUUUGCCCUGCAGAUAUAGCCACAUACAAUGCCGUAAUCCAAGGGUUGGGGAAGAUGGGAAGAGCAGACAUUGCAAGCUCUGUUCUUGAUAAGUUAAUGGAUGGUGGCGGCUUCCUCGACAUCGUCAUGUACAACACCCUGAUCAAUGCUCUGGGAAAGGCUGGUCGGGUCGACGAAGCCAAUAAGCUUUUCGACCAGAUGAAGAACGGCGGUAUCAACCCAGAUGUGGUGACUUACAACACUUUGAUUGAAGUUCAUACCAAGGCUGGCCGGUUGAAAGAAGCCCACAGGCUGUUGAAGACGAUGUUGGAUGCUGGAUGCUUGCCAAAUGCUGUUACGGACACCAUUCUCGACUUGUUGGCAAGAGAGAUUGACAAAGUUAGAUACCAGAAGGCGUCAAUGGUUCGUCAAAACAGCCAUUCUCCUACCUCUGAUUCUCCUUCCAAUUGA